GGUCUGACACGGUCCCCUCUCUGGCUUUAUCCACCUGUGCGUCUCUCGCUAGCCUCACCAGGUGCGCGCCCGGAACCCUGAACCCCGCUGCGCCUGCGCCUUGAGCUCUUGGCUGGGGAGACAAGAUCACAUAGUUGGAGAAACUUCAGCGGCUAGGUUUGCGGUGAGCAUCGCAUCCACGCCCCGCGACCGACACCCGCGUGAGGCUAGGCCAGGUGAGCCAGCCGACUGCGCUUUGCGCGAUGGGCUGCUCCAGCAGUGCCCUCAACAAGGCGGGCGACAGCAGCAGGUUCGGCGGUGGAGUACCUUCAAAUGAGAAUUCUUCCACUGUAGAACAAAUCAAGUUCUGUGUGGCCCAACCCAAACCAUGUACACCAGGAAGAGAAGCUGCUUUUUAUGGCAACGCACAAAGGGAAAGCCAUCCUCCACCAGAGAGGCCCAAGGCUUCAGUGGUGCCUACAGCUAAUGGUGUUAAAUCUUACCACCAACCAUCUCUGGCAAAUGACGAGGCCCCUGGAAAGGAUGCCACAGAUCAGUCAGGACUCACGAAGAAGAUCGAGCCUCGAGUGCAAGGAGAAGAGUGCGAGCCACCUCAGCCGGGAGCCAAAGACAAUACACUAGGGACUGAGGAAAUGAAGGAAGACGUGGAAGCAAGCACAGAGGCCCAGCCUGGAAAAGGAAAUGCUGAAGAAGCAAUGAAUCAGCCUCAGAGCAUGCCAACAGAGAGGCACUCCCCUGGAGCAGGGAACGACACGGAGAUUCCACAGACUGGAGUGACGAAGCUUCUAGAAACCGCUGAGAGCAUUCUGUCUCCGGAAACAGCUAAGGAGCUACCACCGGAAGGAGCAGUAGGAGAAGAUGCACAGCCCCAGCUUCUAGAAGCAACUCCCAAAGAGAACAACUCUGCAGAAACAGUGGAAGGGAGUCAGUCUGCAGAAAGCAGUGGACAGCAGCGACCUUGGGAAACACCAGGCAAAGCUGAGCAGCCCCAAGAUCUAGAAAUCAUUCUCAAAGAUAAUGAAGCACUGCAAAGCCAGCUUGUGCAAAUGCCUGCGACGAACGAGUCACCCUGUGAUGGCCCCAGAAGUGCCCAGGAAUCUCAGCCUGAAGCAAAUGGCGGAAGCAGGGAGCAGCUGGCGGCCACUGCAGAGACGGCAGCAAAUGUGGAACCGGUCAGAGAAAUCCACACCAAUAAAGAGGAGCAGCACAUUGAAGGUGAAACAGGAGAAAAGGUGGAAGCAGAGAUGAAAAAUGAGAAAGAAAGUGAAGAAGCUGAAACCAAAGAAAAAGACACAGGAGAAGCUGUGGAUCAUGGAGCAGCAGAGGCCAGCAACAGGAGGGCUAGUGCACACAGUGUCAGAGCAGAGCAGGAAAAUCUGAGGCCCUGAGGGCAGGUACCAUCCUUCUGUGGCUACGUGGUCCAUGCAAGGGUAAUGGAGCUGUAGACUGACUGUAGGAACCAAGAGAGUGAUGCCAUUUUUUAUUGUGUUAUGCC